CUGGAAAUGGCGGCGGGGCCACGCCAUGUUACGGUGGCUUGUGUCUGUGCUCAGUCACUCCUGUUUUAUUUCCAAGAGUGAGAGCAUGUUCUAUGCUGUGCGCAAGGGUCGGCGGACGGGAGUCUACCGCACCUGGGCAGAAUGUCAGGAGCAGGUGAACAAGUUCCCCUCCGCCAGCUUCAAGAAGUUUGCUACUGAAAAGGACGCCUGGGCCUUUGUGCGGGGUGCUGUCCUGGGGCAGGAGCAGCAGCCCGAGCCCGCAGGGGCAUGUGGUCUUCAAGCCAUAACACAGGAAAACGGUGACAAGAGAGAGGAGCUGGAAGGAAGCAUUAUGUGUUGCAAUACAUGCAAAAGGCCGUAUGAGCAGUCUGCAAAUGAAGAACACACUGCAAAGCGUGUAAAACAGGAUGAAGUAGCCUCAGCACCCACAGUCACUGAAGAUAAAUUUUCAUAUAUGGGUGACUUCGCAGUUGUUUAUACAGAUGGUUGUUGCUCAGGUAAUGGACGUAAUAGGGCACGUGCUGGAAUAGGUGUCUACUGGGGACCAGGUCACCCUUUAAAUAUCAGUGAAAGGCUUCCUGGACGGCAAACUAAUCAAAGAGCAGAAAUACAUGCAGCCUGCAAAGCUAUAGAGCAAGCAAAGAGUCAAAACAUCAAGAAACUAAUUAUCUACACUGAUAGCAAGUUCACUAUUAAUGGUAUUACAAGCUGGGUUGACAACUGGAAAACAAAUGGCUGGAGAACAAGUUCAGGAGGAAGUGUAAUAAAUAAAGAAGAUUUUGAAAGACUUGAUAAGCUAUCAAAAGACAUAGAAAUCCAGUGGAUGCAUGUUCCUGGUCACGCCGGCUUUCGAGGAAAUGAAGAAGCUGAUAGACUAGCAAGAGAAGGAGCUAGUAAACAAACAUCCUGACACACUGGGACUACAGACUGUUGUAGUGAGAACAACAGGAUUAACAUCCCAGUAACAACUGGACUGCUGUAAAUGUUUCAGAGUUGAACAUUGAACUGUACAUAUUUAUCAGCUUCUGGAUUGGAAGAACCCACAUUUGCUUCUGUAGCAUUUAUUUUACAAUCAAGUUAAUAUUUAAUUGAUGAUACAGAGUGCUUGCUUUUUUGCCAUCUUCCUGAAGGGCUGCGGUCAGUGUUUUUAGCUGUUUUGAAGACUUCUGAAUUCACUGGUAAAGGCAGGCUUCUGAAGAAGUAAUGUUAAGCCUCAAGAAGUAAUAUUCAGUCUUUCUCCUAAAUGUUGUGCAUUUUCUUCUUAAUGAAAUAAAUGCGGGGUUUGGUUUUGUUUUACAGUGAUACAUAUUAACAGCCCAAAAUAGAUGGGAGUGGGGUGACUUUGGUGUGUGUUGGUUUGGUAAGAAGUCAGGUCUUAACGCAAAUGUCC